UACUGUGUGACGUCACCGCGCGUCAGCGUCCGCGAAGCUAAACAGGAAGUGAACGAAGUACAGCGUGACUGCGUCGAAAUGAUACACAUGUUGCACAUCAACCAAAAAUAUAAGCAAUAGCGCUGUUUGGACACAAUGGCAUGUACAGAUUUCAAAAGUUUGGUGCAAAGAUUUUAUGUUCUUCAAGCUGAGCGAGUGGAAGCAUUCAAGCUUUUCGAUGAGGGUCAUGAGGCAUAUUUAAGGACGAGCCCGCACUAUGAUUUUGAGCACUACAAACAGCUGGUGCAUGAGAUAACAAAAGCAUUCUGUGGCAUUUCCAAAGAAGUCCUGGAAAUUAAAGAGCAACUGCAUCAAGACUUCGACCGGCCGGACCUUUCUGAACACAUUGAGAAACUGCAAGUUAAAGAGAAGGAGAAGCUCGAGCUGACAGCUAAGUUACAGCUGGCCAAGCAAAAUGCCCAGGAUCACCCAGAAAAUGAAGACGUCCAGGAGAAAGUUCAUCAGAUUAAACGGGAUAUAAUAAAGAAUACAGCAGCUUUGGCUGAUAUUCUGCAAGACUUCAAGUAUGACUCGGAAGAACAAGAGUGAGAUGGAGCCAUUGCUUUCUAAACUUUCUGUUUUGAUGGAGAAUCAUCUAAGGUAUCAUGUUAAGGUCUUUGGAUGUUGUUAAGACUGAGCUACUGAUGUAGUUUAAAGUUUUGGAGUGUUUAGCAUCUUUUAUAUGUUCUGGUCAACAUCGUUUCGAACAUAAUGGCAGUUGUGUAAAUAAAUAUGUCUUUUAUACCAAAAAGUUGUUUAAUUAACUUAAAAAUGCAAGUUACCUGGUUCCCUUAAAAUUUUAAGUUAAUUUAACAAAAAUAUUAAAUAAAAUAGUUGACAACAAUUUUGACAACUUUUUUUAAUCAACUAAUAUUUUUAAGUUUAAUGAACUCAAAAUUUUAAGGCAACCAUGUAACAUCCUUUUUUAAGUUGAACCAACAAAUCUUUAUUUACAAUGUAGUAUUCAGGUUCAUAAACAUUAAAUUCUAAAAAAGCUAAAAAAAAAAGCAGAACAAUGCCUAAUGUUUCCUAAUUUGUUUACAUACAAAAUGUUAACAUGAUGAAAUGAUAUUUAAAUGAAGCUUUUCAUGAAAAAAUUGCUUUAGUUAAAUUAUCUUCCCUGUUUUUCUUCUCAAGUACAUUUAAAUUGUUACGCUAAAUUGAAAUAAACAUGUUUGCAUUACAUACACUGUAAAAAGUAUUUAUUAAAAAAGGAUAAAGUAAAAAACAUGAUGCAUUAAGAUUUAUGACUCCGUAACAUUAAUUUAUUACUUUGAAUAAGUUUUGUCACUACUUAAAACAACUUGGUUUUGCAAUUCAAUUCAACCUACUAUUUUAAGUUUUGACUUGUGACAUAACAUAAUUAGUUAAGUUAAAGUAAAAUAAAAAUCUAGGUUUAUUUUACAUCAUUUUUUACAGUGUAGAAGCAAAAUACUGCACUUGUAAAUUCUCAUCAAGGCAACCACAGUUUUCAAUU